AUGUGCUUCCUACGAAGCCUGCUUGCUCGUGUCUCGCCCUCUGAGCAGGCAGACAGUUUUACCGAAGUCAUCGUCCACCCAUACCUGGAUUCAGCGGCAUCCAAUACCUGGCAACCGGCCUACAAGGACCUUCGGGCACUGUCGCUUAUUUCCAAGACAUUCACCAACGCUGCUCAGCGCGCCUUAUUCAAGGUCGCUGUAGUCAACACCUCCAUGCCCUCGGCUUCAAGUCGCUUCGGUGUGCAGUGUGAUCGUACAAGGAAAUAUACUCCGCCACUCAGACAGAACCGGGGACCUUGGUACAAUCUCUUUCUGUCUCCCUUCAACUCAUGGAGCAACAUCGCCCCAAAUCAGCCAUAA